CGUGGUGCUUGUCAUUAAUACCGCUCGUCUUGUCUAGUUCUUGGACAAUAAAGACCCGCGAGGUCGUCUGACAGACUGUUUUGCUCUUCAUACCUCUUUCUGAGGGUGUUGUCAUCUUCUCUUCCAUCGCAACAUGACAGUCGGAGAUGACGGGGAGAAAUCCUCGGUCCCCUCCAGCGACAUUACUGAGGUGACAAUUGUUGACUGGGACGGACCCAAGGACCCCAAGAAUCCCUUCAACUGGUCUAACCCCAGGAAAUGGCUCAUCACGAUUACUGCCCUCUUGACCACCUUUGUGGCCCUCAUGAACGGUACCAUGAUCACGGUGGCGCACGAAGCGAUCAACGACGAAUUCAACAUUAGCGAUGCGAACUUUCCGAACUCAUAUUGGCCUGUGGCCUCUUGGACCAUGGGUGGCGUCUUCUUUUCUCUGCUCAUCCUCCCCAUCAUGGAGGAUUUUGGCAUCCGACGCUCGUUACUGAUCACCCACUUUGUGCUCAUUAUUUUCAUCAUUCCCCAAGCUGUGGCUCAAAAUUUCGCCACCCUCAUUAUUGUCCGGUUUUUCGCUGGUGGCUGUGUGGCGGUACUUGGGAACAGCUCAGCCAGUAUCAUCGGUAACCUUUUCGAAUCGGAGAUGGACCGCACCAAGCCCGUCGCUCUAUGGAUCGUGGCCUAUCUGGGUGGAAGUAGCGCCGGACCGGUGAUCGGUGCCGCCAUUUUCCAAUUUCUCACCUGGCGGUGGCUGUCAUACUUGCAACUGAUCUGGUGCGGGGCGUUGUGGGUCGUGAAUGUCGUGAUUCUCAAAGAAACCCGAGGGUCGGUCAUUCUACAACGUCGCGCGAAGAAACUCCGAGCCAAGGGGGAAAACGCAUACACUCAACACGAACUUCAAGCGGAACCCCUGCGUCAGGUGUUACUGACUAGCAUUCAUCGGCCUUUCAAGAUGCUCUUCACAGAGUACGUCAUCUUCUUCGCCACGCUAUGGUCGGCCUUUACCGUCGGCACGCUGUAUCUGUUCACGCAAUCCGUCGAGCAAGUUUUCGUGGGACUUUACAAUUGGACCCCGGUGCAAUCGGGAUACAUUCAAGCUGCAAUUGUGAUCGGAGAAGCUUGCGGAUGGACCUUCUCCUUGUUCUCUGCGCGGGUAUAUUUCAAGUCGGCCAAACGGAAUAAAGAGGAUCCUGGGAUGCCCAUCCCGGAAUCCAGACUCUAUCUCUCCGUGGGCGGAGGUAUCUUUGGUAUCGCCGGCGGCAUGUUCGUGUACGCGUGGACCUCCUACCCAUCCAUGCCAUGGAUCGCCCCAGCCAUCGGUCUCUGGAUGGUCGGAGUCGGCAGUGUGGUGGUCGUCAGUGGUAUUGCCGAUUACGUGGUCGACGCCUACUGCAAAUACGCCGGCAGCGCCGUGGCCUGUUUCGUGGUAGGUGAGAAUACUGUCGCCGCGUUUCUGCCUCUCGCUACCUCGAACAUGUACACGACAUUGGGAUUUCAGUGGGCGAGUACGCUGUUGGCGUUUAUCAGUCUGUUGUUGACCUUGGCGCCGUUGUCGUUUAUUGUCUGGGGAAAGCAGAUCCGGGAACGCAGUCCGUUUAUGGCCGAAGCCAUGCUCGAUAAGCGGGCCGAGAUACAUCAUACUGAUGGACCGGCGAGGGAGAUCCGGGAGACGUAGGUGUUGGAUGUCUUGGACGAGUAAUGACUGAGCAUGGCCUGGAGCCAGUGUACGGAUAGAUUUA